UCAAAUUGUGUUUUUUCAUACCCGUCUCAGCUGUUUAUUGUAAUGGUGUGGUUUUCGAAGCUAAAAGUUUUCUUAGUUAUUUUAACUCUACAUUACCAAAUUUUUUGAAAUUUUCCAAGUCAGAUAAAUCAUAUUGAAUGGACUGACCUUGGGUGCGAUUGCUUCAUCUAUUUUCAUUUAGCAAUAAAAUUUCUGUGUGCCUGUAACUCCCUAGUAAAAAUAAUAAUUGAAAUGGCUGGAAUAGAAAAAUUUUGCAAAGUUAGAGUAAAUAUAGGUACUACUACAACAAGUGUUCCUUAUAGUCAGCUGCUAGACUUGCGAUCCUCUCAAACAUUAAAUGAGAGAGCAUCUUCUGAAGCAACAGCUGAAUUUUUAAAAGGACUUCCAUCUCGUAAUGAAAAUAAUUUUUCUCGUUUCCAACCAGACACAUCAUGUAAAAAUUCUAUGAAAAGGUCAUCAGUGUAUUUACCUACCAAAGAUCACCCAUCAGAACAAAUUAUAACCACAGAGAAAACUACAAUUUUACUUCGUUACCUGCAGCAACAGUUUGAGCGAAAGAAAAACCAUCAUAAAAGAGAUAAUGAAAAGGCAGGACCAAGUGGAAUAGAGUGUGUAUCCCGGAAAAGACUUAGGGUAGAGAAUCCACAAUGAUUAGGAUUUCAAAAAUAAAAUGACCAAUAUCCAGUUUUGUGACUUUUCCUGAACUGAAUGACUUUGUUUCUAUUUAAUGUGAAUUGCCCAAUAAAACAUUCACCUUUGUUGCUCCAUACAUUAUGCAUUUCCCUCUGUUAAAUAUGGAUUAACUACAGUUCCACAUGUACUAUAAAUAUGAUUAUGUGUGGGUAUGUGAAUAUAUUACUUUUUAGUACAAUUUUCAUUUUGAAAGUGCUUUUGUAUAUGUGAAAUGGUUACCUUUUUAACUAAUUGCUUUUAUAUCAAUCAAUAAUCCUCAGUUCCUUUUGUUGCUGGUAAAACUAUAAAUAAUUACCAUUUCUGUUAUAUUGUAUCUAAAUUUAGUUUUCAGUCCCAUCAUGAUGAACUAUUGUAUUAAUGAGUUGUUUUCUUAUGUGCUUUUUAAGAAGAAAAACGAUUGCUGUCUCUCUUGGAAUGGUGGAAUCUUUCCUAUUUUCUUGUGCCUAAAGCCAUAAUUUCCUACCUUCUAAACUAUGAAUUUGUUUCAAAGCUCUCUUAAAAAUUUGUUUCAUUUCAUUGUUAUUUACCUCAUUCUUUAUAUAAUUUUAAUACGUCACUUGAAGUGGAUGGUAAAAAUAAAAUCCUUUGCCUUAUGAA